AUGGCUCCUUCUAAUCCUCUAGCCAAUUGGGAAAAGGUUGAUGAUAGCUUUUACCGCAAGGUUCCCAUUUACGACGCUGUCUUCGACGAGGAUACUGAAUUAGAGAACUACAUUGUUGUGGGCGCCCCCUACGGCGGUGCUAUAGCGUUAUACAGGGAUGAUGGCAAGCCAUUUCAAUUAAGAGAUAGCCAAGCUUCCCGAUCUUGUAUCGACAUCUAUUCCUGUUCCGGAAAGCGGAUCAACCGCAUUAAUUGGGAGCAAGCAACGAUAAGAGGGCUCGGCUGGUCCGACAAAGAAGAGCUUCUGGUGGUGGCCGAGGACGGCACAGUUCGCCGUUACUUCGGCUUAGAUGGCGAAUUCACGUCCUUCUCCUUGGGAAAUGGUGCGGAGGAAUAUGGCGUGAGAGAGUGUCGGUUUUGGUCAACGGGUCUCGUCGCCCUUUUAUCAAACAACCAACUGGUUGCCGUUUCCAAAUACGAUGAACCACGACCGAGAGCUUUAGCACCGUGUCCUGAGGGGGAGGUCUUCUCCUGGUCCUUGAUACCUCCGGCCCACACGCUCUCGAGAUCUGUUGAGGUGCUGCUCGCUGUAGACAAGACCGUCUACUCUGUCGACUCAACCGAAGCCGAGGACCGCAUCCUGCAGGACGGACCCUUCAAGAAUCUUGCCGUGUCCCCUAGUGGUCGAUUCGUCGCGCUUUUUACUGCUGAGGGCAAGCUAUGGGUUGUCAACAGUGACUUCUCAAAUAAGCUUAGCGAGUACGACUCCAAGUCUCGAGUAGCGCCCAGCAGCGUGAGUUGGUGUGGUGAUGAUGCCGUUGUUCUUGCAUGGGAGGAUGAGGUCCAUCUGGUCGGGCCUAAUGGCGCAGCAUCCAAGUACUAUUACGAUGGUCGGGUGCACAUCAUACCUGAAUUUGACGGUGUGCGUCUUUUGACCAAUGAAACUUGCGAGUUUCUCCACAAAGUUGCGGAUGUCACACAAGAAAUAUUCAGACUGGGGUCUGCUUCGCCCGCUUCAAUUCUACUCGACUCAGUCGAGCAACUGGAAAAGAAAUCCCCCAAAGCAGACGAGAACAUCCAGCGUAUCCGUCCUAGUCUACCCUCUGCGGUGGAUGCAUGCAUCAGAGCCGCCGGACACGAGUUCGAUUCCUAUUGGCAAAAGCGACUUCUAAAAGCUGCUUCGUUUGGAAAAUCAGUCCUACAGCUCUACAACAGCGACGAAUUUGUUGAAAUGACUGAGAAACUCCGGGUUCUUAGUGCAAUUCGAGACUAUCAUAUCGGCCUUCCAUUGUCCUAUGAACAAUAUCUCCGUCUGACUCCAGAGGGCCUCAUCGACAGGCUGAUCAAUCGCCAUGAAUAUCUCCUUGCCAUUCGCGUGUCUGAAUUUUUGCAAAUACCCGCGGACCGCAUUUACGUUCAUUGGGCCAGUCAAAAAGUACGGGUGUCAACGGGAGAUGACGAUACUGUCUGUCGAAUGAUUGUUCAGAGGCUAGAAGGAAAGCCCGGGAUCUCAUUCGAGAUUAUUGCUCAGGCUGCUUAUGACGAAGGUCGCUCACAUCUUGCUACACAACUGCUGAACCAUGAACCUCGAGCAGGAAAGCAAGUCCCUCUUCUCUUGAACAUGGAGGAAGACGAGCUCGCCCUUGACAAAGCCAUCGAAAGUGGUGACGACGAUCUGGUGAACUAUGUCUUGCUUCACUUGAAAAGCAAGUUGCCGCUGGCAAGCUUCUUCAGGAUGGUCAAUACUCGGUCCGUGGCUUCGGCCCUGGUGGAGACGGCAGCACGUAUCGACGACACUGAACUGCUUAAGGAUCUUUAUUAUCAAGACGAUCGUCCAAUGGAAGGGUCCAAUGUGCUAAUGACGGAGGCCUUACGAGAAUCAGACCCGCAUCGCAGACUCGAGAAGCUCCAUCUGGCCUCGCGGCUAUUAUCGGAUUCUAAAGAUCCGGGCGUGGUGUUUCAACAUAAACUUGUUGCUGAGGCAUCACAACUUCUCAAAGUUCAAGAGUCAUUGGACAAAGACCUCGCAGACCACGAUGAGUAUUCUGGUUUGAGCCUCAACGAAACGAUCUACAGGCUGAUCCGUGCUGGCUACGGAAAACGGGCACACAAACUGCAGUCCGAAUUCAAGAUUCCCGAAAAGACGUUUUGGUGGCUGCGACUGCGAGCACUGGUAGCUAAGCGUGACUGGGGCGAAUUGGAAGAAAUGGCGAAGACCAAGAAGUCCCCCAUAGGAUGGGUGCCUUUUUACAACGAAAUCCUUGGCGCCGGAAACACUAAACUCGCCUCGCUCUUCGUGUCCAAAUGCACUCACCUUCCCGUGCCCGAUCGAAUCGAAAUGUGGGUCAAGUGUGGGAUGAUCGUCAAGGCGGGAGAGGAAGCACAUAAGAUGAAGGAUAUCCAUACACUGGAAACCCUCCGCACGAAGGCAUCCGGUUCUGCGAGUACAGAAAUUGAGCGCAUGAUCAACCAGCUCAGACCGAGGAAGUAG